CGAUGGACGCCGCACAAGUGGUGUCUGCUUUUUUCGAUUAUUACGGUGUUCAUCUACGGCCUUAUAGGAAUGACGUAUGCCAUCUCGACCUGGUUCAGGACAUGGAUACACGCAGACGUGAUGUACGUCGCAGACUACGACAUUCUGGUCCUCAUCACGCUCGCAUCGUCUAUCCUUCUGCUAACAUCCAUCCUGGGCCUGACCGGCACGCUCCUCAACUCACGACCCAUCCUCGCGCUCUACGCGCUGCUCCUCUGGCCGGCGUUCAUCUCGAUGCUCUCGAUCGGCUAUACGGGGUACAAGCGCCAGGCGCUCUCGCUCGACCGGAAGCUCAACCUCGCGUGGAGCCAGUGGUACACCCCCAUAGGCAGACUGAUCAUCCAAGAUUCCUUGCAGUGCUGCGGGUAUUACAACGCCCUGCACGAGGCUACGCCGAGCAAGAGAUGCUACUCCCGGACUUCUCUACCUGGGUGCAAGAGCAAACUCUUCCACUUCGAGCAGACGAACCUCGGGGUGGUGUGGUCGACCGUCUUCUCCUUGGUUCCGCUGCAUAUCUUCAACAUAUUUGUAGCCUUGCUCUGCGCGAACCAUGUCACGAAGCGUUUUGGGAAGGGUAUCACACCGAAAGGAUACCGGCUGACU